GGUCGGUCAUCCAUCAGUUUCGGUAUUAUGCGCGGUCGUCGUCGCCUUCGUCGUCUAGAUUUUCAAGGCUAGAGGCAAUGAUCCUCUCGGCUCAGUCGUAAAUCUGCCGUCGUCGCUCGAAGAUGGACCGUAAUAGCUGCUGGAUCUCCUUGUGUCUCGUGGUGCUCGCGACUAUGUCGUAUCAUCGGACAACGCUCGCCAAGAACAUAACCUGUUGGGAGCUGCCAUGUCGCCAGAAUCGAUACCACUUCGAUUGCUGCAUACGGAACCUGGAGAUCGAUGACGGAACUACGAUCGAGAGUGCCAACUUCGCUCGGCAGCAGUACAUCCUGUUGGAGGACAGCAAUAUCUACACGGUGUCUCCGCAGCUGUUCCAGCUGAUGACCGACGCCAAGAUGUUGGAGAUCAUCGGAGGGUUCGUCCCGUGGGUGUAUCUGAGGCCUUCGCUGACCAUGCUGACGAUCACCGACAGCCAGACGAAGCAGAUUUUCAUCGACCCCGAGCAGAAAAAGUACCGACUAAUUUGGCUGGAGGUCCGCAACAUCACCAUGAAGGAACUCCCUCCAAAUCUGAAUCAACUACGUGACCUAGAACACAUAGGAUUGGUGGACUCCGGACUGGAAUUCCUCGUCAUGGACCAAUUCGACGGUCUGAACAAGCUCGAAGAACUCAACCUCUCCGGUAACAACAUAGCCCGCAUCUACGUGAACUUCCCGAUGAGACUUCCCUCCCUGCGGUGUCUCCAGCUGAACGACAACCAGCUGACCGCGAUCGACCUCAGCUUUUGGCACAUGCCGGAGCUGACGACGUUCGACCUUUCCUCGAAUCAACUCAAGUACAUGGCCCAUUACAAUAGCAAUCAGUUUGACAAGCUGUGCGCCAUCAAGGCCGAGCGUAACAAGUGGAACUGCAAGUGGUUGGAGGAGUUUUUGCACGCGUGCUUCCACUUCAGGGGGUACGGGUUCAGCGAACGGCAGGUCGAGUGCGACGAGGAUGUCGAGUGGCGCGAAAAUUGCUGCUAUGGGAACGAAACGGACGUCGGGUAUUUGGAGUACUUGAGGGAGAUGCAGCUGAUUUGAGUAGCGUGUGAAUGGGGCUUCUGAAUAGUAGUAGGGCGUGACCAGAACGGUUUUAGGUCUUAAAAUUGUGAAAGUGUUCAUUUUUUGGCGUCAAAUUAUUGUAGCAUAAGUUUAAUAAACGCAACAAUGUAUUGUUGAUGUUUUUUUUAUUAAUG